UCCAAAUGAAACACUGUUUCACUCUGCAUGUUCACUACUCAUCUGAUUAAUCCCUGUCAUUCCCUGACAGGCUUCCUGCUCCUCUGAACGCUCCGACACUGAGCAGGUAAAAUGUUCGGUCAUAAGCGGCUCCCCUGGAUUAAUAAUCCAACCUCUGGCUCGAUCACAGUGACCUCAGCCAAGCAGGAACAGGAAAUACCCUCAGAUUGCCUCGGCAUCAGAGGAAAAGUGACGCGUCACCACUUCUGUCCGGUGGUCGGUCUCUCAGCGCUCUGCUUGUUGCUGCUCGUCACCUGUGUAGCACUUUGUGUCCUGUAUAACAACGAGUCAGAGAAUAAACCAGGAUGGAAGAGCCUCCUGUUCGACUACCAGAACAUCAGCGACAGCUACUCAACCCUCGCUACAGAAAACAACGACCUGAGGAGAGACAAUGAACUCCUGAAGGAGCACAGCGCCUGGCUGCACCAACAGACAACACUCCUCAACAGGACUUCAGCUGGUCUGAUGUCCGUUAACCUCGCUCUGAGUUUAGAAAGCACCGAGUUGACAGAGCAAAUCGUCAAUCUAACUUCAGCAAACCAACAACUCACACACGAACAGGAGCGUCUGGUCCGGUACGCGUCUGAGCAGGAGGAAGAGAAGCUGAACAUGUCUCAGACCAUCAAACAUCUGGUCGACUCCAACGCUCAGCGAGAGGAGGAGAGACGAGAGAUCAACAGCCUCCUGAGGGAUGAGCUGGGUCAACUGAAGGAAAGGAAUCAACAACUUCUGGAAAUCAACGACGAGUAUCAAGCAGAAGUUAAAAAUCUGAGCGAGAGGAUCGGAGCUUUGUUGGACGAGGACCUCGAGAGGGCGUCAGAACAAAACACGCAGCUGCAGCAGAGAUUAACAGAGCUUCAGGAGCAAAACAUGAAUCUGAGCAGGAUGUUGAUGAAAGAGAGGCAGGAAGCAGCAGAGCGAGAGGACGAGACGGAGCGAAUGGUGGCAGACGUGCAGUCGAUAAAGGAGGCCUACAGCUCCCUGGACCUCUACUGCCCUGUGGUUAACCACAAGACCAAAGAGAGGAUGUGCAGAACGUGUCACGACGGCUGGACACUGUUUGAGAGGAAGUGCUACUACUUCUCCUCUCGUAUGCUCACCUGGAGCUCCAGCAGAGCCUGGUGUCAGACACAGGGGGGCGACCUGCUCGUCAUUAACAGUGAACCUGAACAGAGUUUUGUUUUGGAGAGCAGCCGGACUCUGGAGUCGAGCAGCAGCAGCAGCCGGCUGUGGAUCGGUCUGACAGACGCACAGGAGGAGGGUGAAUGGAGCUGGGUGGACGGCAGCCCAGUCUCUUCAGAUUUACAGUUCUGGCUGAACAGACCUGGACUGGGGACUGAGCCUGAUGACUGGAAGCUGGACGACCCUCUGGGUGAAGACUGUGGACACAUAGACACCAGCGAAAACACACUCGAGUCCUGGAUGGAUGGUUCCUGUAAUAAACCUUACAGAUGGAUCUGUGAAAACAAUGUUUAGAUCGUCCGGAAACAUUUUUAUAUUGUAAAUACAGUUAUGUGACGUUAUUAUUUUCUAUAUGUGGGCAUCUAUAGGACUACAGCUGUGAUAUAUACAAUUAAUGCUAUGUAUUAAAUUCUCUGUGGUGAUCGUUGUACAUGUUUGUUUACAAAAUAAAACAAUAUUUAGUCGUCAGAGUUUAAAUUUUCAUUGUUCUAGGAGGAAACAAAGACUGUAUCUACCAAGCAAUCUGGCGGGUCUUACCUUGUUAUGUUCAUAAGGUAUACAUUUCACUAAUAGCUACAACAGACUGCAUUUUCUGUCUUUGAGUGCACACAACAUAAAGUUGUAACAUUUAUUUUCAACCCAGUCUCACUCAGAAGUCAUCGAAUACUGGCGCUUGGUCAGUGACAUCCAACGUCAGACACCUACGAAAAACGUCGUCCUUUUGUGUUGGCAUGAUACACGGCCGGUUGCCUUUAUUCUGUAACAGCACCCAGUGGCAUCAGGGGGAAAGCGGCUGGACAACAACAUAAGUUAAGGGGGUGGAAGUCGGGGUCGGGCUGGCGGGUUCAACAACCACCGUCUUUCACCUGGGAGGUUGGUGUUUGCUUCCCGUAUGAAUGUAAACCCAAAUCCCUUUUUGUUUUCCUAAACCCAGUAAUGUGUGUAUAUUGUGAAGACAUAGUGCUUUUAUUUUGAAAGAGACUGUAUGCAAACUGUACAUUUCCUGUGAAAACAGUAGUGUAUUUUGAAGUUGACACAGCGUCCCAGAACAUCAACAACCAACGCACCCAGGGUACCUUGGACGUCAUAUGUGGACGUGGAAAGUCCAUGACCAAACAUCAAACCAAACCAAAUUUCAGAUCUGCAAAUACUUUUUAAAUGAUAUAUUUGCUGUUAAGAGCUAUGUACAGGCACACAGCUGUCUGUGGAUGCAUAGUAAAAGGUGGGGUGUGUUUUCCAUCCAGUACUUUUUAGAUCUGUGAUGGUGAGAAGCCUCAUCAUAUUUACACAUUUGUCCCCUGCAACAGUGGUUCUCAAUUUUUUUUUUUUACACCAUGUACGACCUCAAAAAAUAUUCCACUCUUCAAGAACCAAGAUAAUAUCUGGAGUAAGAUACAGUGGUGUCGGCCCUGUUCAGCUACAGCGACUUCACACAGGAGGCGGGUUAAUUUCUAAUCGGACGAUUAUUCAUUGUUGACUAUUGUCCACCACAGGAACUCUGUACAAAGGGAAAGCGCUUAAACUGUUACUUACACUAUUCCUCAAAACGCUCAUCAUCAGGUGCUGUGGAGACGUCACUGGUGCUGAUGAAAAAGCCAAUAACACAUGCACUCAGUUCACCGUCUUCCAUUGUAGUUUCAACAAGGCUGCUGGAAAUAUUUUCCUCCUGAUCUGCACUUCUCUCCUUAAAAGAUUUCGCCUGAAGCCACAUUUUCAGUGUUUUUAAAAAAUUAAUUCAACCUCUGCUAACCAUCCUGCCAGCACAGUUAAGCCUGUUACAUGCAUGUAUGCACAUGCUACAUUCAUAUACCUGUCUAUAUAGCAGGCUAUUACAGGAAAGGCAAAUCUGAUUUUAAAUUACAUUUUGGGGACCUCAUAAUUGAAGUAUUUCCAUUCAAGAUGCUGUAGUAUUUGGUUAGCAUUAUAUAUAUAUAUUUAUAUACAUUAUUUCAU